GCUGUGUUUUUCGGUCCUGUUAGAUAUAUAUAUAGAACUGGAUCCUGCUUGAUUCAAGGGAAAUUAUUUUAUUCAAUAAAAAUAGCCAGAAUAAAAAUGCAAUUUCUAAACUUCUUACUCAUGGCUGGAUUGGCUUCUGCCGAUGCCUUCAAAUUUCUCCAAGCUCACACUGAUACUUCCGUUUUUGCUGCUAUUGGAAUUGAAGACUCUUCUUUGGUUCUUGGUACGGAAGCUGACUUCCACUCACAUCUUAGUGACUUUGAAGUUGAAAACGGUGAGUUGAUUGAUACUUCGAACAAUUUGAAAAUUAACGUCGAUGCUCAUGGAUUCUUAUUUGAGUCUCAUGAAUCUUCAAAUAACAAUUUCUCUAUUGAAAGCGGUAGUUUGUUACUUGAAGGCGAACCUUUACUUGCAUGCAAAUCUCCAAAUUCCAAUAAAUUUAGAAUUGGUACUGGUCCUUGCGCUUUGAGUGAAGAAUUAGAUAUUAAAUUAACUAGUUCUAGUCACAUCUCUGCUUCUUCUGCUUCCAAACGUGAAGCUUUCACUGUUCCAAGCGGUGUUAAAGAUGUUGCCACCAUUUCUUCUGAUAUAAAAUUGGAAUUUCAACAAGCAAAAAACACAAUCGGUGAUUUUUUCAAUUUAAAUGCUAAACUUUUUGGUGCUUUGGCUAUUAAUGUCGGUACUAAGUUCAAUCAAAUGCCAAUCAGAAAACAUGCUUCUUCUUCUAAAACUUUCUUCGUUGGUGGUGAUGAAGGUGAACGUGUUUUCUUCUACUUGAAAUCAGAUUCUACUUUGGUUGACCAAUUCAAUAAAGGUAUUCACAUUUUCCCUGGUGGAUUUGUUGGUAAUGUUCAACCAGAAGGUAACACUGACCCAACUCCUGGUUGGAAAAUCAUCGAUGGCCACUUAACCUUGAAUGAAAAGAGCUUCUUCGCUUGCGAAACUGAUGAUGGUGACCAAGUUUUAUCUUCAGAAUAUUGCAACUACGGUACCCCAGUUGUUCUUUAUGCUAUCUUUUAAAGAUAAUACCCACCAUCAUUUUUGGGAAAACUAAUAUCUUUUGCCUCCUGUUUUCAUUGUUUUAAUUUUCCUCUGUUUCUUGACUACACUCUCUAUUGCAUCUUUGUUUUAACCCAGGUCCUC